AUGGCACGGCGGCUUCAGGAUGAGCUGUCAGCCUUCUUUUUUGAGUAUGACACUCCCCGGAUGGUGCUGGUGCGAAACAAGAAGGUGGGAGUCAUUUUCCGUCUGAUCCAGUUGGUCGUUCUGGUCUACGUCAUUGGGUGGGUGUUUGUCUAUGAAAAGGGAUACCAGACUUCAAGCGGCCUCAUCAGCAGUGUGUCUGUGAAGCUCAAGGGGCUGGCUGUGACCCAGCUCCAGGGCCUGGGGCCUCAGGUCUGGGACCUCCCUGACUAUGUCUUCCCAGCACAGGGGGACAGCUCCUUUGUAGUUAUGACCAAUUUCAUCGUGACCCCUCAGCAGGCUCAAGGCUAUUGUGCAGAGAACCCAGAAGGUGGCAUAUGCCAAGAUGACAAUGGCUGCACUCCAGGUAAAGCAGAAAGGAAGGCUCAAGGUAUUCGCACAGGCAAAUGUGUGCCCUUCAAUAGCACAGUGAAGACCUGUGAAAUCUUUGGCUGGUGUCCUGUGGAGGUGGAUGACAAGAUCCCAAGACCCGCUCUUCUCCAUGAGGCUGAGAACUUCACGCUCUUCAUCAAGAACAGCAUCAGCUUUCCACGCUUCAAGGUCAACAGGUUCGUGGGAAAGGGAGAGCUGCAGGGUGGGGUAGUUGGCAUCACCAUUGACUGGGAGUGUGACCUGGAUUGGCAUGUGCGGCACUGCAAACCAAUCUACCAGUUCCAUGGACUGUACGGGGAGAAAAAUCUGUCUCCAGGCUUCAACUUCAGGUUUGCCAGGCACUUUGUGCAGAAUGGGACAAACCAUUUUAACCUCUUCAAGGUGUUUGGGAUUCGCUUUGACAUCCUUGUGGAUGGUAAGGCUGGGAAGUUUGACAUCAUCCCUACUAUGACUACCAUCGGCUCUGGGAUUGGCAUCUUUGGAGUGGCCACAGUUCUUUGUGACCUCUUAUUGCUCCACAUCCUGCCCAAGAGGCAGGACUUGAAGCAGAAGAAGUUCAAGUAUGCAGAGGACAUGGGGCCCGGGGAGGGUGAACAUGACCCGGCGGCCACCAACUCCACUCUGGGCCUGCAGGAGAACAUGAGGACCUCCUGA